AUGGGCAGUGCUCCAGUACUCCGCCUACGUAUCGGCUAUGUACGGCCUACGUAUGGGGUACUUGCGCGGUACUUGGGGACUGGGGCUGAGCAACGGGAGAUCGUCUCCGGGCUGGACCAUGUCGGUCAUCUUGUCAUUGAGACCCGGCUAAGCCACACUGUUCGGAUCCAAUAUGCUAAAGAUUUUGGGAUCUGA